UUCCUUUUCCCCUCACCCCUGUUAGGAAAAUGUCCCGUUCACAUUAAAUCUACUGCAUGAGUCUUCCUGUAUUCGUUUCUCCAGCAGGGUGCUAGCCAUAGCUCGCCCAUAAAUCCUCUGCUUCCUCCAUUUGUUUGCAGCGUGAAGGUUUACAAGGGAGGCCUAGUGACCACAUAGGCCUCUUAGGAGCCCCAGCCUGUAGUAGCAACUGAGGAGGAAAGACUGAAGGCAUGGCACAAGCACUGACACAGGAGGAGGAACAGGCCACUCAGCGGUUCCUGCAAGAGAUGAAUGCCUGGACUUCCUUUCACUCAGUGCCCCCUCUCUCCUGGGAUGUUGCGGUGAAGUUUCUAAUGGCAAGAAAAUUUGACGUUGUCCGAGCAAUUGAACUUUUUCAUUCGUACAGGGAGACACGUCAGAGAGAAGGGAUCGUCAGACUAAACCCUCUGCAGGAGCCUUUGCUCUCUGAAUUGUUAAGUGGCAAGUUUACCGUGCUGAGUGUACGGGCCCCCACUGGCGCCUCCAUUGCCAUCUUCACUGCUAAACUUCACUUCCCAGCAAGAAAGCACAGCAGAGAGGUGCAGCACACGGUACUCCAAGCUCUUUUCUAUCUGUUGGACCGUGCGGUGGAGAGUGUCGACACACAGAGAAAUGGCCUGGUGUUUAUCUAUGAUAUGGGGGGCAGUCAGUACAGCAACUUUGAGCUGGAGUUAAGCAAGAAGAUCUUGAGCCUGCUGAGGGGUGCAUUUCCUGCUCGUCUAAAGAAAGUCUUGAUCGUCUCUCCUCCAGUCUGGUUCAGAGUUCCAUAUUCCAUCAUCAGUCUACUACUUAAAGAGAAGUUGAGAGAGAGGGUGCACAUGGUGAGCAUGAGUGAACUUCUUGAGCACUUGCCUCCACAGUCUCUUCCUGAGUCUCUAGGUGGCUUACUUCCAUGGGAUCCUGGUUCAUGGAACUGUCUUCUCCUCCCUGCCCGUGCGGGAAAACCAGAUCCUCUAGAUGAAGUGGUACUGGUACUGGCAGAUGGACAAAGAGGGAGUGUACAUAAACCAGUGGCUGAAAGCAUGACCUUGUCUCAGCUGCAGGAGCACACUAGCUCUUUGGGAAGACGAGGGAUCUAUGAGGAAUAUGAAGCGAUAAGAAAUGAACAGCCCGAGGGGACUUUCUCAGCUUCAUUGGCUGUUGUGAACCGUGAUCGCAAUCGUUAUGGAGAUGUUCCAUGUCUAGAUCAAACAAGAGUCAAAUUAAAACGUGUCAACUGGCAUGAUCGCUCGGACUAUAUAAAUGCCAGUUUUAUGGAUGGAUACUUACAGAAGAAUAUGUACAUUGGCACACAAGGACCUAUGGAAAAUACAUUCCAGGAUUUUUGGCAAAUGGUUUGGGAGCAGAAUGUGUUGGUUAUAGUCAUGACAACACGAGUUGAGGAGGGCGGUCAUCGAAAGUGUGGUCAGUACUGGCCUUUAUCACCAGGAUCUAUAGCUUUAUAUGGUGCUGUGACUGUCACAAACAAAGCUGCUGAGAACCACCAACAUUACAGAAAGACAACUCUGGACAUCAGCAGUCGGCAGGGUCGAGAGAAGAGACAGAUCAGUCAUUUGCAGUUCUUAAGCUGGCCAGACUUUGGGGUUCCCAGCUCUGCUGCUGCUCUUAUCAAUUUCAGAGACGCUGUAAAGAAGGAACAGAGAAGAUUGGUAAAUGAGCUAGGAAACCAAUGGAAAGAUCCUGCUGGCGGUCCUCCAAUUGUGGUACAUUGCAGCGCAGGAAUCGGAAGGACAGGUACUUUCUGUACAUUGGACAUUUGCUUGUCCCAAAUAGAAGAUGUAGGCACCUUGAACAUUCAGCAAACUGUGACAAGAAUGCGGAAACAGAGAGCACUGAGUAUACAGACUACAGAGCAGUAUUACUUCUGUCACAUGGCCAUCCUCGAACAUUUUGGCAGCUGAUACAAGUACCAUGCCAUGCUUAUUGGUGCAGCUUCCAGUGUCAAAGAAUCAAGGACCAACAUUAGGGGCUGAAGGCCUUCAUUACAUUUAGGUUCUACAAAGGCAGAUAAGAAGUCCCAGUCUUUGGCUCCUAUGUAAAGCAAUGGAAUUAUGCUAUUUGUAACCAGGAAUCACACAGUAUAAUACUCCAGGCACAAUUAAGGGUCCAUUCACAUGUCCGCAACUGAAUUGCGGAUCCGCAAAACAUGGACACUGGCCAUGUGCGUUCCGCAUUUUGCGGAUCGCACAUGGCUGGCACUAUAAUAGAAAUGCCUUUUCUUGUCCGUGUCUGCAGACAAGAAUAGGACAUGUUCUAUUUUUUUUGCUGUCUGCAACUUUUGCGGCCCCAUUGAAAAUGAAUGGGUCCGCGCCCGUUCUGCAAAGAUGCGGAACCAUUUUGCAGACUUGUGAAUGGACAUCUGUCAGGAGAGUUGUACCUAUGACACUGGCUGAUCGGUUACAUGUGCACUUGGCAGCUGAAGACAUCUGUGUUGGUCCCAUAUUUAUACGUGCCCACAUUG